AUGGCGGAUAUUCAGAAGACUCCCUUUGUGAGGGACCUCGCCUCAAGCGAUCGCAAAACCCGCGACAAGGCCCUCGAGUCCUUGACAUCAUUCCUCCGCGCGCGCAAUGAUUUAAAGCUCCUAGAUAUGGUCAAGCUCUGGAAGGGUCUCUUCUUCUGCGUCUUCCACUCUGACCGCCCACUCACUCAACAAGCUCUCGCUCGUGCCCUCUCCUACUCUAUUGUUCCUUCUCUCCCUCAUGCCACACUGCACCGCUUCCUGCGCGCUUUCUGGAUCACUAUCGGCCGAGACUGGCACUCCAUUGACCGUCUACGACUGGACAAGUACCUUUACCUGGUCCGUUGCUACGUCGGUGUCGCAUUCGAGGUCCUCCUGAAGGGCAACAAGAGCACAAAAGCCGAUAGCAAGAAGCGCAAGCGCGAAGACUCAAAAAAGAAGGGAACUGGAAAGAAGCAGAAGAAGGGCGUCGAGGAGCAGGCAGACGAUGCCGCAGACGAUGACAAGACCGGCGAGGCGGAUGGAAAAUGGGAGGAUCUCUCAGCUUACAUUGAUAUAAUUGAGCAGGGCCCACUUUGCCCCGUGAACUUCGAUCCCGAUCAGCCUGAAGAGGAUCUCGAAAAGGACUUCAUUCCCAUGCCCCAUGGUCCAGACGGGUUGAGGUAUCAUGUUAUGGAUAUCUGGAUUGACGAGUUGGAGAAGGUUCUGGAGUUCGAGGGCGAGGAGGGAGAGCGCAAGAUUAAGGGUGAUAUUCCUAUUGAGCUGAUCCUACGGCCGUUGGAGAAGCUGCGUACCGAGAGUCAGUUCAAGCCUGCGCGGACAAGAGCUAUUGAGACUCUGGAUGACGAUCGGUUGAUUGACGAUGGCGAGUGGGGUGGUUUUGAUGAUUAG